AUGGCCCAGAAAUGGAGGCCGCAGAUCCCUCUUGGAAAAGAGCUAGUAAGGGGGGUCGGAGCCAAGGGCGCGAGUCCCGCAGGCUUCCCGCGACUGCUUGGCGCAGUCAUCGCUUCCGUGGGCUCUGUUCCUCUCCAGAGACAAAGGGCUCUGUGUUUCCCCAUCUGUGGUGGUGGAAGAACGAAUAUAUUACUGUUUUUCUUACAGGCAUCCAUUUUGUAUGUCAAAGAACCCACAGCUUGGGAAAGAACAAUUGUAGUUGCUGGCCUUCCCUUCAGCCUUUUUAAUGAUCAGCUAUUGGCCAUAUUUGUGAAGAGUCACUUCCAAGAUAUUAAGAAUGAGGGUGGAGAUGUUGAAGAUGUGAUAUAUCCAACAAGAACCAAGGGAGUUGCAUAUGUAAUAUUCAAAGAAAGAAAAGUUGCAGAGAAUGUCGUCAGACAAAAGAAACAACGUUUAGCAAAGAAGGCUGGGAAUGCUCAACUCACAGUGUCUCAUUUGAGUGAAAAGGUUUUCAACUCUGUAAAGGCUCUUCUUGAUCUUUCUGUGUUUCGGAGUCAAAUUGUACUAGAAAGACUGGUCACGGAUCUGAAAAAGAAAAUCCCAAUGUUACACUUUAGUCCUUUGGAACCCAGUGGAAAAAUCCAUGUGGAAGGAUCUUUUCUGGCUAUGAAGAGGCUCAAUGAGUCUUUGCUAUUGAAAUCAACUCAUCUUUUACAAAGAAACAGGAAGAUUAUGAAUGAGGGGGAAAAGUGGAAGAGACAGAGCCCCCAAAGGAGUCUACAGAAAAGUGCUAACUCUGUGACGACACUUGGGACGUUAGUACCCAAGUCUGCAAGAGGUGGAGAAAUGCUUGUGCUCGACACGGAUGUUUUCCUUUACCUGAAACAGAAAUGUAGAUGUUAUGAAACCACACUGAACAGAUUUCACAUUCAAACUCAGGAGAGGGUGGAUGGUGAGCUCACCACUCUUUAUCUAAAAAAUGCUCAUGCUGAUUCUCAGCCCAGUAAUACGUGGCAUGUGAAAGAACUCAUUGAGGAGUGGUCCCAGGGUCUUCACCUUGAGCUCAGAAAAGAGAUGUUUCAUUUGGGAGGAAUGGGAAGUAGAGAGAAAAGAAACAUUCAGUGGGCAUGUGAGAAAGUACACUCAAGAUACCGUAAAGUUCUGAUUAAUUUUUACAGGACACACAUUGACAUUAUCGGAUCUUCUUCUGAUACGUACCUAUUUAAAAAAGAGGUCAUGAAAUUAGUAGGGCAAAAGGUUAGUUAAUAAAUGUCAGUCAUAAUAAGAAUAGAUACUUUCUCAUACUGAGU